AUGGUGCGCGCGUCACACCUCGUGAACGCGCCUGGUCUCUGCAGCCCUGUCCCACUGUGCGGGUUCAGUUUGACGGACGGACUUCUCCAACUCCAGAGAGCGGCCCGCAACUUUUCUUCUCUUUCUGCAUCUCAUACAAACAUCUCGAGGUUCACUAUGGGAAACUUGUUCAGUAAGAAGAAAGUGGCUGGCCCAGCUUCCGCUGAUGCCCCCCAAGAAGAGCAGAAACAAGUGGAAAGUGUCCCAGAAACCCAGGAGGCACAACCUGUCACUGCAGCUCCACCAGAGGCACAGCUGCCCCCCACCACUGAGCCCACUCCCCCAGAGUCUGAUGGAGAGUCUGCCCCUGCUGCUAAAAUUCAGCCAAUACCAGAGCCAGCAGCAGCUGUCCCAGAGGUGGUUCCACAGCCUGAUCCCGUGCCCAGCCAUGUCCCACAGGUGAUCCAAGAGGUGAUCAAAGAGGUUGUCCCAGAGGUGAUCCCAGAGGUGGUCCCAGAGGUAAUCCCAGAGGUAAUCCCAGAGGUGAUCCCCCGGAUUGUCCCAGAAGUGAUCACAGAGGUUGUUCCAGAAGUUAUCCCAGAGGUUGUUCCAGAGCCUGAACCUGUGCCCGCGUCGGUCCCUUCUGCACUAGAAGCAGUACCAGACCUUGAGCCGGUCCUAUGUUCACUGCCUGCAGUAGAACCAAUCCUGUGUUCCCUGCCUGAGGUCAUUCCUGAACCAGCUCCAACUGAAGCUCUGCCUGAGCCAGAGCCUGAGGAGCUCCCAUGCCCUGAACCAGAGCCUAUUCCAAUGCCUGAAGAGACCCCUGAGGACUUCCCUGAACCUGUCGCAUGUUUUAAAUCUGAGCCCCUGGAGAUGUAUGUACCCGAGGAGCCAGAGCUGAUCCCAGUCCCAGAGUCUCUCCCAGCACCGGAAACAGAUCUGCUGACACCCAACCCCAAGCCUCUGUUGGACCUCUGCACUCCUGAUCCAGAGCCCAUUCUGUGCCAAAUCACAUCAGAGACAAUAUUCGCCAAAGACGUCAUCGAAGCCAACGGGGGCGCAUUGAUAGAACAGCUGGGAGUGACGGAGAACGGUCUCGUGUCCGAUCUGUUACCGAACGACGUGAAGAUUCCAGACGGCUCUCUUGACAUAAACGCCUCCUCCGACCUGCUCAUACUGUCUCCAGACUGUCUCCAGACUUGGGAUUCCCAGGAGGAGCUGGGUGUGAGGGAAGUCAGGGAUUCUCUGCCUAGAUUACUGCCCCCAUGA